CAUCUUCACGUUCCAUCGGACUUUUUUUCCCCUCUUGGAAGAUUUGUUUGCUUCCUUCUCACUGAGGGGAGGUUGUUUGCUUCGCCGCCAUUUUUGAGGAACUGCCUAUCUGAAGAGAGAAACUUUGCUUGCUUGCUGCUAAGCGCUAACGGCUACUAGCUAGCUGGCCAGUAGUUUGCCUGGGAGCAAGCUCGAUGUGACAGUUCGGGCUUGCCCGUCGCUAACCUCGCACUGAUGUAAAUUAUUAUUAUUAUUAUUAUUAUUCCUGCUGCCAACCUGUAAAUAUAUAUAUGAGGUGAAACGCUGACAUCUUACGGAACAAUUGAGAAAGGCUUGAAAACAGUGACUCCGUCUGUAUUUGGGUAGGGCAGUUAGAAUAGCGAAUUAGCGUUGCUAAUUUUUUUUUUUUUACAGCUAGCGAAUUCACACUGAUUUCUAUGGACCGCAUUGCCUGUCUGAUUUAGCCACCUGGCUCUGCUGUAGCAGGGCGACUGUUUUAAUCAGCUGCUGGCUUUACAACCCCUCUCCUCAACCCGUGCGGAUGCCCUUUUGUCAGGCGUCCGUGUGCUGGCUUCUCAGACUCAUCCACUCCUGCAAAUGAGUCCACUGCUGCUGCUGUUCGGCUCAGCGCACAGAUAGUCCCGUCACCUGUGUGUGGGUGAUAAGGGACUACAGAAACCAGGAUGCCCUCCUCUGUAAGGGCAGGAAGCCUGAAGGACCCAGAGGUGGCUGAGCUGUUCUUCAAGGAGGAUCCAGAGAAGCUCUUCUCCGACCUCCGAGAGAUCGGCCAUGGCAGCUUUGGCGCCGUCUAUUUUGCAUGGGAUGUGCGCACAAAUGAGGUGGUGGCAAUUAAAAAGAUGUCCUACAGUGGCAAACAGUCUAAUGAGAAAUGGCAGGACAUCAUAAAGGAGGUAAAGUUUCUUCAGAGGAUUCGUCACCCCAACAGUAUAGAAUAUAAAGGCUGUUACCUUCGUGAGCACACAGCAUGGUUGGUAAUGGAGUAUUGUCUUGGCUCCGCCUCUGACCUUCUUGAAGUUCACAAAAAACCUCUGCAAGAGGUUGAGAUAGCUGCCAUCACACAUGGUGCUCUGCAGGGUCUGGCCUACCUUCACUCCCACAACAUGAUCCAUAGGGAUGUGAAGGCAGGAAACGUCCUGCUAACUGAGCCUGGCCAGGUUAAACUGGCAGACUUCGGCUCUGCCUCCAUCGCAUCGCCUGCCAACUCUUUUGUGGGAACGCCAUAUUGGAUGGCCCCAGAAGUGAUUCUAGCUAUGGAUGAAGGCCAGUAUGACGGGAAGGUGGAUGUCUGGUCCUUAGGGAUCACCUGUAUAGAAUUAGCUGAGAGGAAGCCUCCUUUGUUUAACAUGAAUGCAAUGAGUGCCUUAUACCACAUAGCGCAGAAUGAGAGUCCCACGCUGCAAUCCAGUGACUGGUCGGAUUACUUUAGAAACUUCGUCGAUUCUUGCCUUCAAAAAAUCCCCCAGGACAGACCACACUCUGACGACAUGUUGGGUCAUGCUUUUUUGCAACGCGAGCGACCAGAAUCCGUGCUGAUGGAUCUCAUUCAGAGAACCAAGGAUGCCGUUCGGGAGCUGGAUAACUUGCAGUACCGCAAAAUGAAGAAGAUCCUUCUUCCAGAGGCUCACAAUGGACCCACAGCAGAAGCACAUGACGGAGAGGAAGACCUGGAGUCGGGUGGAGGUCGGACAGGAACGGUGAACAGUGUGGGCAGUAAUCAGUCCAUCCCCAGCAUGUCCAUCAGCGCCAGCUCACAGAGCAGCUCCGUCAACAGUCUGAACGAUGCGGCCCAGGACAGCCGCAGCGAGCUGGACCUGAUGGAGGGAGAUCGCACCGUCAUGUCCAACAGCUCCGUCAUACACCUGAAACCGGAGGAAGAGGAGGGUCUCUCGGGGGAGAAGGCCGCCAGCAGUCAACCCACUGAGCCUCAGGCAGCACCAGCUCAGGCCCCAAGAAAGCACUACCGCAACAGAGAGCACUUUGCCACCAUACGCACAGCGUCACUCGUGACUCGUGAAAUACAAGAACAUGAGCAGGACUCGGAGCUCAGGGAGCAGAUGUCAGGGUACAAACGCAUGAGGCGGCAGCAUCAGAAGCACCUGAUGGCGCUAGAGAACAAGUUGAAAGGGGAGAUGGAUGAGCACAGGCUGAGGCUGGACAAAGAGCUGGAGAGCCAGAGGAACAACUUCACCCAGGAGAUGGAGAAGCUCCUGAAAAAGCACCAAGCAGCCCUGGAGAAAGAUGUUAAGACAUUUGCAAAUGAUGAGAAGAAGUUCCAGCAGCACAUCCAGGGUCAGCAGAAGAAAGAGCUCAGCAGCUUCUUAGAGUCACAGAAGCGAGAGUAUAAACUACGGAAGGAGCAGCUCAAAGAGGAGCUGAGUGAGAACCAAUCAACUCCCAAAAAAGAGAAGCAGGAGUGGCUGUCCAAACAGAAGGAGAACAUCCAGCACUUCCAGGCAGAGGAGGAGGCGAACCUGCUAAGGAAACAGAGGCAGUAUCUGGAGCUGGAGUGUAGGCGCUUCAAACGCCGGAUCCUCAUCGCCAGACACAACGUGGAGCAGGAUCUGGCCAGAGAGGAGCUAAAUAAACGGCAAACGCAGAAAGACCUGGAGCACGCCAUGCUGCUCAGGCAUCACGAGUCAAUGCAGGAGCUGGAGUUCAGACACCUGGCAACCAUCCAGAAGGCCCGGGCGGACCUGAUCCGAACCCAGCACGAGACGGAGCUCACCAACCAGCAUGAAUACAACAGGAGGAGGAAGAGGGAGCUGAGGCGCAAGCAUGCCAUGGAGGUCCGGCAGCAGCCCAAAAGCCUGAAGUCCAAGGAGCUUCAGAUCAAGAAGCAGUGUCAGGAGACGUGUAAAACCCAGAGGCGGCAGUACAAGGCUCUCAAGAACCAUCUUCUGGAGACGACGCCCAAGUCUGAACACAAGGCUGUGCUGAAGAGACUAAAGGAGGAGCAGAAGAGGAAGCUGGCCAUCCUGGCUGAGCAGUACGACCACUCCAUCAAUGAAAUGCUCUCCACGCAGGCGCUGCGGCUGGAUGAGGCUCAGGAGGGUGAGGGUCAGGUUCUGGACAUGCAGCUGCAGCAGGAGCUGGAGCUGCUCAACGCUUACCAGAGCAAGAUCAAGAUGCAGACGGACGCGCAGCAUGAGAAGGAGAGGAGGGAGCUGGAGCAGAGGGUCUCUCUGCGGCGGGCUCUGCUGGAGCAGAAGAUCGAGGAGGAAAUGCUCUCCCUGCAAAACGAGCGCUUAGAGCGAAUCCGCUCGCUGCUGGAACGCCAGGCCCGAGAAAUCGAGGCUUUCGACUCGGAGUCCCUGCGGCUGGGUUUCAGCAACAUGGUUCUGACUAACCUGGCUCCCGAUUCCCAGGGAGGCUGGGGCGGAGGAGGCGGCGGAGGCUCCGGCCCUCAGGGGGGCGGCCACUGGUCCGGAGGCGGCGGCGGUGGGGGCGGAGGCAGCCAGCACAGUCAUCACCACCAGGGGAGCUCCAGCUCGCAGCAGCCCUGGGGUCACCCCAUGCUCGCCGGGGGCCCGCCGCCUUGGAGCCUCCACAACCCCGUAGGAGGGAGUCAGAGGGUCAGCCAGGGCAGCACAGGGGGGGUGAGGAACAGCCCACAGGCUAUGAGGAGGACGUCAUCGGGGGGGAGGAGUGAACAGGGCAUGAGCAGGAGCGCCAGCAUCACCUCUCAGAUCUCCAACGGAUCGCACCUGUCAUACACGUAGAGCACACACUCACAGGAGACGGGGGGUCGCCUCCGAGGCAUCCCAUAACGCAUCCACGCCGACCUUCUCGUCCGUAAAGCCGGCGGCAUCUGUGGAAACCCAGACACUAAUCCAAGCUAGCUGAGAGCCAUUUGCAGUGUGCCACACUACAGUCGUGUCAUUGAAACACAAAGAUGUGAGUCUGCAUCGCCAUAAACCCUUUAGUGACAUUAAACAGUGGAGUGGUUUGCCGUUAUUUUAUUGUUUUUUUCUGAAAAGUGGAUAUUUGGUGUUGUAGAAACCAGUGAGGUGUAAUUAUGAAGCCACUCGCAGCCAAAAGGAGACGACAAGAGCAAAUACCAACAUAUAAUGAUCACUUCACAGCUAUAGGACGAGUGUUCCCUUCAAAUAUGAUGUUUAAAUAACAGAUGGAGUUAUGCAAGUACAUUGAAUGAAGCUGCUAAGAUAGCAAUAGCUGGACUUAACUGUUGAUGCCAACAUUUGCUGCCGUGUUUGGGUCAAGUAUUGUCAGAAGGCCAAGUAAUAUUUGAUUUUUUUUCAUUUUUUCUGCAUGCUCAGCUUUAUUAGUUCAGAUCUGGGGUUUCCACAGCCCUUCGCCCUCAAAACCGUCACUUGUUUAUUGUCGUUGAUCUAAUUUGGCAGUGUUUUGUAAUACAGUGGGUUGAAAAACACUAAAAUAAAAUAAAAAAAAAGCCUGCUGGCCGCAAAUAGAGCUUGUUGUGACAGCGAGCUGCACUUAAGCACAGCCUCUCACACACCUUAAUCCAAACACAUAUACAUACAGUAAAUCCACAGUUUUGUAAACUUGGCUGGUGGAUGCAUGUGCAAUUAAAAUGUAAACAUUAGAACUUUGGCUCUUAAAGCAGAGGCGGGAGAGCUGCUGGCGCCCUCUGCUGGUGGGCAGCGGCCGAACGUCUUCAGAGGAUGGAUGAGAGGUGAUGCUGUGGUCUCUGCCGCCGUGCCCCUGCGACCUUCCCUGCUCUGACAGCCCGCUCUGCCUCACCCCCCCUCCACCACCACCACCGGGCCCUUGUAACCCCCCCCGCCUUUCCUUUUGAAGUUGUUUCGGCCUCUUCCUAAUCUACUGCAAAAGAGCUCUUUAAUUAAAAAAAUACAACAAAAGAUGAAAAAAAAAAAAAACAAGUAGAUGUGAGUUAUUAUGUAAAUCUUUAAAAAAAGAGGAUUGUAGAGAAGUGCGGUCUUAUUGUGCGGAAACGCUGCAUCGUUUGCUCGGAGCUGGAAUGUACAGCCAACGUGUGAAUAUUUGUAUAGUUUGAAGAUGUGGAAAUCUUAUCGACAAAUCAAAGACAUUUAUCUUGCAACGAGGGCACAACGUCGGGGUUUCAGACGAGCGCUGGCUUCCGAGUUUUCACUGGCCCAUUUGCAGCUGCGAGUUCGGAAACUUGUUACAGAUAUUCUGUCGUGAUGGACGACACAACGCUAGGUCAGAGCGCCUUGAAAGUGGCAACAUUUGUGUUCGCGUAGGAGAAUAAUUUUGCACAUUUCGAAGUAUUUAGUUAGUCGUUGCUUUUUAGCAUCGACUAUAUUUUACUGACAUUAAUUGUACUCGGUGCAGACCCGGCGUCUGUUCAGGAUCUUCAGUUUUUUGUUUGUUUUUUUAAGGACCCUCAGGCAGAAGGUGAAGGUUUUGCAAGUGUGGAGAAAGAAUUGAUCUGGAAAAUUUGCAGAAAAUCUGAUGCAAUUUUGGAUUCAACUUUUUAACAGCUGUUACAAAAAUGAGAAGCAAAAGAUUUUAGUUUUUAUUCCUGAUUUAUUUAACAAUCGGCCUCCUUUUUUCCCCAAGUACUGUGUCUCAGAUUUGGAUGUUUCUGCCUUUAGGAAGAGAAGCAACCACGAUUGUGCAGGUUUUCUUCAUCCAGACGCUGCUGCACUCGGCAUCUUUUAUCCACCUCUUCUCCAGCUUCUUUUUUCUCCAUAAUUUCCUCCUUUUAUUUUCUAGCUUUCGUCUGCAGAGGGCCAAGUGAGCAACACAGUUUUAGACCUCAUGUUUACUAAAACUCGCAGGUGUUUUUUUUUUUUUUUUUUUUUUUUUUUGCGGGGUUGAGUCUAGCUUUAGACUUUGGUCACUCACAACUGGAUCAGUUGCACUGAUUGCACAAGUAGCUGACCAGAUGAAAGAGUCUACUGUGAUGCCCCCCCUCUCAGUGUGACAGAGUGGCGGCCUCGGGCUGACAGGAAGGCGGGAGGCAGGGUCAAGUCUCUGUACAGUCUGUUUAUCAGUAUUUCUUUUUAUCUCUCCUGUCAAUAUGUGGAUCUUGCUGUUUUAAUCUCCCUGGUUCAGAGAUCUGUAUUAAACUGUAUAGAUUGUGCAAAAACAGAAUGUCUCAUAGCAGAUUAAAGCAGAUAUUCCUUCAGAUGAUAAAGUGAUUUAACGUGUAUAAAGUAAAUGCAGAGGCAAAGUUUAGGGGAUAAAUGUAAUAUUUUGUUUGUAAUUACUAUUUUUUUUCUUUGAAGAGGGCUACUGGAUACAAAAAAAAUCAUCUGUAAUAAAGUAAUUUUAAUAUUU